GACAUUGGAAGCUUAUUUGUCUAAUAGCGCUGUUAUGGCUGCAACGAUGGAGACAGAUGAGCAGCAGCGGAUUCGCUUCCAGUUAGAAUUAGAAUUCGUUCAGUGUUUGGCAAAUCCAAAUUACCUUAACUUUUUGGCCCAAAGAGGAUACUUUAAGGACAAGCCCUUUGUGAAUUAUAUGAAAUAUCUGCUGUACUGGAAAGAGCCAGAAUAUGCCAAAUAUUUAAAGUACCCACAGUGCUUACAUAUGUUGGAACUUCUUCAGUAUGAACACUUCCGGAAGGAGCUGGUAAAUGCCCAGUGUGCCAAAUUCAUAGAUGAACAGCAAAUCUUACAUUGGCAGCACUAUUCUCGCAAGAGGGUGAGACUGCAGCAAGCCCUGGCAGAACAGCAGCAGCAAAACAGCACUUCCGGCAAAUGAUGGGCCUAAUUGUCUCCAGAGAGCUGUGUGUUUGAGACUCACCACUGUUUAUAAACAGUCAUGUGGAAGUCCAAGGCCUCUCUGAUUGGACUAUGACAUUGCAGAUGCACAUCUAUAUGAGGUUGCAGAUCAUGGUUUUAUAUCGUGGAACUCACUACUCCAUGGUACUGUUACUAGAAGCAACUACAUUUUCAGAUAGUUGAAUUCUAACAUUGAUGUGCUCUGUUGGAUCUACUUGUCUCAGGCCAGUGAGUAAGCUAUAAGAAUAUAAUACUAUAGGAGUUAUACAGGCACAUCAUUAUAGAGCACAUAAAUUAGCAGCACAUUCAAAGCAUGGGUGGUUGAGGAGAAGGCCAAAUAUGACAAUAAUUGUAAUAUGACCUAAGCUAGCUGCAGCACCCAGGCUGUGUACCAUGGAUUAUUCUCUCAACAAUAUAUUAGUCUUACAGAAGGAUGGUGGCCAUGUUAGAGCUUUGUUUUUGUAUACAUUGCCUUCUUUCUCAAGAAAAAAUAUGUUGCUUUGGGACUUGGCUGCAAGUGAACAUAAAUAUGCAGAAUGUUCUUCUGCAGCAUUUACAGAUUCUGAUAUGUAUUAGCUUUGCUUUUCCUUCCUGGUGCAAAUCGAAUUUUUUUUUAAAGCCAAACCAUUACUUAGGCUGGACUUACCUGAGAUGUUUUCUCCUAUGGCUUCUGUAGCUGAGAUGUUGAUCUUGGGGCAAAGAUUCUGUUUAAAUCUAUGCCCUGCCCCACAGCUGCAGCAACCCGGGUAGAAAGAUGUCACACUUGUAAAUACUAUAUUUCUGGCUACCGUUGGGGAUGUGUUUCUCAAGCAACAAAUAAAGAUUCA